AUGAGCUUUGUCUCGCUGUUCUUUUGGUGCCUGGACACGUUCGGCCUCACGUUGGGCCUCGUGCUGGAACUCAUGCUGAUCACGGUGGUGAUCAACUUCAGCGGCGGCAAGAACAGCGUCAUGGAGUUGUAUGGGCGAAUGGUGGUGGUGAUCGCCAUGCAGGACGCAAUGUUCUGCUUCUACGAGCUGAACGUGCAGCAUGUAAGUGGCGGUUUUUUUGCCGAAAAUUUCAGAGUUUGUGACCUUUUUCUUAUGCAGUGAGGAACCGGAUCCAAUGGCAAAAAACGUCUCAUUUUGCAUCCCGGAAGGGACUAAAAUGUCUCCAAACCCUGGCCUUCUCUAUGCUAAAUAACCCCCGCUUUGAAGAGUCCUCCUUGAAGGGAAGGGUGCACUUUUUUUCAAAGCAGAGUUUUUCAGCUUAAAGAAGGGAAGGGUUUGGAGUCAUUUUGGUCCCUUCCGGGAUGCAAAAUGAGACGUUUUUUGCCGUUGGAUCAGGUCCCUCACUGUAUGUAUUUUUCGACCAAAGAAUCUUCAUUGUUUUCGCAACAACUAUCGCAUAAGUGUUUGAAAAAUUUGAUUAUGUUUUACCGUUAAUUUUGAGUAAUAGGCUCACCGGUAAUAUCAUUAAUUUUGGCUACUCGGACUUUCCGUUUGACACGUAGAAUGCGGCUUUUUUAUGGCAUAAAAAACAACUUUUUUAAAUUUUAUAAAAGACAUAGAUCCCAGGGGAAACACCUGACACAAAGUGGGGAUAAACUUGACUCAUUCUGCAUGUGGGAUUUAAAAAAAGAAAGCUUGUGAAAAUCGCAAUUAUCCGUGAAAUAAAGUAUCGGAUUGUCGGGAAAAUAAUGUGGAUUUGAAAAUUUUUAAUGGAAUCUGAAGAGCGAGAAGCUAAAAAAUUGUAGUUGAGGUAUAGGUAAGCUGCAUUAAAAAUCAAAAUUCCACUUUUGUCAUAGCUCUAAUUUUUGCAAAUUUUGCACAGUGCAAAAAAUGUUCUCACUGCACCGUGCAGGCUCGAUUUUAGACCAAUUUGGGCUCCGCACAGUGCAAAAAUUUCGGUGCUUUGCACAGUGCGGACAAAAAUAUUAGUCUGUCGGGAAAAUAAUGUGGAUUUGUCGCUGCGAAAUAUCUCGCUAUAUAAUAAAUUUUUCACUGUGCAAAAAAUUUUUAUAAAAUUUUAUGUGUGAAAAUUUUGCACAGUGCAAAAAAUUUUUCUCACUGCACCGUGCAGGGUCGAUUUUAGGCCGUUUUCGGCUCCGCACAGUGCAAAAAUUUCGGUUCUUUGCACCGUGCGGACAAAAGUCGUAGUCUGUCGCGAAAAUAAUGUGUAUUUUUCGGAGAAAAAUGGCUCGCUAUAUAAUAAAUUUUGCACUGUGCAAAAAAUUUUUAUAAAAUUUUAUGUGUGAAAAUUUUGCACAGUGCAAAAAAUUGUUCUCACUGCACCGUGCAGGGUCGGUUUUAGACCAUUUUAGGCUCCGCACAGUGCAAAAAUUUCGGUUCUUUGCACCGUGCGGACGUAAGUUCAUAUUAGUCUGUCGGGAAAAUUAUGUGGAUUUAUCGGAGAAAAAUGCGUCGACAUGUUGGAGUCAAUGAAAUCUCUAGCUGUGGCUAGCCGUCGAAAAUUUAUGGACGUUUUCAAGGCCCCACAAAUCCAUAUUAUUUUCCCGACAGACUGGUAUUUUUAUGAUGUUAUAUAAUACUCUGAGGUGGACACCUUAAACCACAAGUUAUAAUUAGAUGGUAAAUCUCAGUCUAUAUAUGUAUACGUACAUUUAGAGAAGUAAAAAAGCUGAAAAAGGAACUUCUUGCAAUUAGAUUAACUCUUCCUGUUCUAUUUUAUGAGCCUUUGAUUAAGACAAAGUACUCUAAAAAAGAUCAAAAAGAUUUGUGUUGUUCCCAAGUACUCCGAGUUCUUAAUCCGCCCGGUAAUCUCCUAAGCACAUGAAAACGGCAACAAUCCACCUUCUUAUUCCGGAAACGAAGAGUUCUUUCGUAGUAAGGAAAAUAUGACGUCCUAAAAAGGGGUGUUUCGUAAGGCCUUGGGAAAACGCGAGUGGUGAUGACGGUACAAAAAUUCUUUCGAUUAACAACAAGUACAUAUUAAUAGCGUCACGAUGAUUAUGUAUUGUAUGGAUAUUACUCGGCUAGAGAGGCAAAAAAAUGAUAUCAGUCUGUCGGGAAAAUAAUGUGGAUUUAUGGCAGCAAAAUGUCUCGCCGCAGUCGCGCAUCAAAUCUCCAGCCGCAGCCAGCCCUCGCAAAGCGAUAAUAGGCGAUUUUGAUGUUUAAAAAAUCCACAUUAUUUUCCCGACAGAGUGAUGAAAGCGCAUGGAAAUUCAGCCGCUGUCCGCACUGCGCACAAAAAUUCAUUAUUUUGCACCGUGCAUCUCACCUUUUUUUUUUGAUUCUGCACUGUGCAAUUUGGAAAAAUCGCUGCGACAAAUGCAAGUUUCAAAAAUUUCGGUGCGGGGAAUUGCACAGUGCAAACGGCUUUUUUGGAAUUUGCACUGUGCGAAAAGAGAAAAAUGCACUGUGCGUUGGCGACAAGCGUGAGAAAAAGUUUGAAAUGCACUGUGCAAAAAAGAAAAGCCUCUUUUCGCACUGUGCGUUCAACUUUUUUUUUGUUUUUGCACUGUGCGGAGAGAUAUCGCGGCGGCGUCGCCGGGAAUUCGCACAGUGCAAGCGGCUUUUUUAUGGUUUGCACUGUGCGAAAAAAGAAAAAUGCACUGUGCGCUGGCGACAAGGAUGGGAAAAGGUUCAAAAUUAGCUGUGAAAAAAAGAAAAAAAUCCGUGCACUUUAUGAAAAUAUAUACUAUAUUUACUAUAAAAAGAUACUGUAAUAAGGCCUACAAAUGACACAUCUUAUAUGCAUCAAAUUGUAAAAUAUUUUUGACUUUCACAAAUUCAACUUUCAGAUCCUCUGCUUCAGCAACGGCAAAAUGUUUGUGAACGCGUUCGGAUGGGAGCGGUUUAUUCCCGAAAGCUUCUUGCCACUCGCCUUCUUCUUCCACGUGUUUUUCAUUUUCAACACUUUCACCUUCCUCCCGGCCAUCUACAGCUAUCGUUACGAGUAUUUGAAAAAGUAAGGGGUUGUCAGAAAAAUAAUAUUAGUCUGUCGAGAAAAUAAUGAGCACCCUGUCGCAGUGAAAAUCGCAUCAAAAAUGAAUUUUGUUGCGAAAAAUUCAAAUUGCUUUCCACUUCAGCGACACGAUUGGUGCAGCUACAUUAUGGUCAUUAUUUUCCCGACAGACUGAGAUACUAUUUAAAUUUGCAUAAUAAUAUAAAAAUAUUACUAUAUAGACUAAAACAAAAAUUUUAGUUCGGUUCUCGGCUGGACAGGCCUGUUCGGCCGUGUUGGCCUGGCCAUGUCAUUUUCGGCCCUAUGCAGUACCGCCGGAUAUUUGGCGAUCGAAAAGUCGGUGGCUCGAGGAAGAGACUUCUACCUCGAACAACUGCCCAAAGCCUGGACUGAUGAGCAUGGAGGAACAAACUUUAUUUACGCCUUGGACUUGGUAAGUCAGAAAAAAAACUUCUGAUAUCAGUCUGUCGGGAAAAUAACGAGCAUUUUGACGCAUCGAAAAUCGCAUUGCCGCCGAGAAAAUGAAUUGUCUUCGCGGCGAGAUCAAAUUGCUUUUCAAUUCAGCGACACGAUCGGCGACAUUGUGCUCAUGAUUUCCCCGACAGACUGAUAUUUUUAAUUAAAAAAGACAGAAAACACAAAGAUUGUGGUUUUGAGAAUUCUUUUUAAAAAUUAUGAAACACCACGUGCUUGUAUAAUAUCAAAAUUUCGCAUGUGAGCUUUAGUAAUCACUCAGAAUUUCUUCCUUGUUCUUGUAAGGGUGAAUGUACCCCAAGCGAGGAACUAUAACACGUGGUUUUGCGAAAUCUGACAAAAUGAAAAAACACAAUUCCUUAUACAAAAGAUUUUUUUUAAUUUUAAACUCAAAACAUGGAUAGCUUAUGGAAGGUUUACUUCCUUUUUCGAUAAUAAAUUUUCGCCGAAUUGAUAAAAAAAAAGUUGUACUUUUACCUCAAAGGCGCGACCAAUCCACAUUAUUUUCCCGAGAGAUUAUAAUAUGUAUAUGUAUCAUUUGAAUUUUUUGAUUUUUUUCAAAAAGUAAUCGCAUACUGUAUGGUGAAUGGGUGUGUUACAACAUAUAUAUGUAUAUCAGUCUGUCGGGAAAAUAAUGUGGAUUUUUCGAACAAUCUAUUGCCACGGCUAGCCAUAGCAAUGAUGGGCGAUUCCAAGACGCGACCAAUCCACAUUAUUUUCCCGACAGACUGAUAAUGUUUCUUCCAGAAAGUGCGUAGACUUUUCGUCCCACAGUUUUUCGCACUGUGCAUUUCAGUCUUUGCACUGUGCAAAAAAACUUUUUCGAAAAUCGCCGCGACGUAAGCAUUUUCUUUUUUGCUUCAAACGCGACGCUGCAAAUUUUAGCGACAAACAGUUGCACAGUGCAAAAUUUUUUAAAAUGGCCGGCGCACCGUGCAAAAAGAAACAUGAGGAGUGUGCACUGUGCGCCACGAUCAAAAGUCUACGCACUUUGCGGAAGGACUAAUAUCAGUCUGUCGGGAAAAUAAUGAGCACUCUGUCGCAUCCAAAAUCGCAUCACUUCUCGAGAAAAUUAAUUGUGUCGCAGCAAAAUCAAAUUUCUUUUUACUUCAGCGACACGAUCGGCUCAUCAAUAUUGUGCUCAUUAUUUUCCCGACAGACUGUUAAAAAUCUAUCUUAAAAAAAUUUUCUCUGCAUCGCAACAAUUUUUUUCUACUAGAUAUUUACAAAAUGUUUUGCUCGUUCUUUGAGUUUUCACGCAAUUUGUACGGACCAUUCUUACUAGUCAUUACCGUUUACAACUCCAAAGAUUGGCACGCAAAGUUCACAAUACGAUCCAAUUUUUUUUUAAAAAAAGAUGUAGUUUACAAACUACAUCUAUUUUAAAACCUCGCUACGCAAUUAUAUGUUUUCCAGGAUGACAUUGAAGGCGUUCUUUGGGUGGCGUCGACAAUAGUAUUAUCUUGCAUGAGCAUCAUCAUAACGGCAUAUUAUGCCUACAAGGCGUAUCGGCUGGUCAACACGAACGUGCAGAAGAAAACACAUCAAGGGAAGAGUAUUCAGAAGCAGUUUAACAAUGGAAUCUUGGCACAGGUGAGUUCUACAUACAAUAAUAGGGGUAUGUAGGAAGGAUUGUAAAACCCUGUUUUCAAAUGUCAUUUUAAAAAGGAAAUUAUUUGGAAUACUUAUACGGGGUAUGGGUUAUAGGCAAAGAUUACCACGGUCAAAAUUUCGGCUCCGGCUCCGGUUCUUAGCUCCCAGAGCCGGAGCCGAGGCCAAUUUUGCAGCUCCGGCUCUUGGCUCCGUGCAAAAUUUAAAAAGGCCUCCGGCUCCGAAUCCCGGCUCCUGUGCAAAAUGUUUUUUAAAAAUAUUCUUCCAAAAAUAGACGUUAUUAGUGCCAGAUAUCAAGACGAAGAGCCAACGUUUUUGCAGUCAAGUGACGUCCUCCGCAGUGUUUUUUCAAGCAAUUUGGUUUAACAAUAUCACGAAAUUUUUACUUUUCUGACCGCUGGGAAGCCUGGCUCCGACUUUGGGCUCGAGAGCCGGAGCCGGAAAUUUUGGGGUCGGCUCAAAAAAAUAUGCAAAAAAAAUUUUUGCAUAGGAGCCGGGAUUCGGAGCCGGAGGCCUUUUUAAAUUUUGCACGGAGCCAAGAGCCGGAGCCGAAAUUUUGACCAUAGCAAUGUCUGUUUAUAGCUCGGGAGAUAUAUCAAAAAUCUGCAAAAAUUUUCUGAUUCAGGAUAGGUAAAAAUUAGCUGCCCAGCUUUGGUUUGUAAUGGCGAAAAAGUCCGCAGAACUUUUCCCGCAACACCACGAACAUGCCUUCUUUUGACCAGUUUUUGCUAAUUCAAAUGUUUUGUUUUGAGCCAAAGAAAACCUGGCAUCUUGACAAGCCUUAAAACAUCAAAUUUGAUUAUUGCUACACGGGCAAAAAAAAAGGAAAUUUUACGGUGAAAAUUGAAGUUUUGUUACAGUUCAUGUCGCCAGGACCACUCUGGCGACUCUUUGAACUGAUUGGUAAUAGAACACGGUACUUUUUCCCAAUCGAAAGUAAAAAAAAUAAUACAGUGACGGACCUGAUCCAGUGGCAAAAAACAUAGCCUUUUGCAUCCGGGAAGUAUUAAAAAUGUGGCAAAAUGCCUCCCUCUGCCAGUGAAAAAAACUUCGUUUUGAAGGGCGCUCUCACAAAAACAGUGGGCGCGCUUUUGAAAUCGGUGUUUUUUCACUUUGUGGGGAGGUAUUUUGCUGCAUUUUUGAUACUUCCCGGAUGCAAAAUGGUACAUUUUUUGCGACUGGAUUAGGCCCCACUGUAUAUUUUUUCACUGCAUCAUCAGAUAAUAAUCGAAUCAUUUUUCCAGACAAUUACAAUUGGAGUUCUAUCCAACAUCCCAUCACUCGUCCUCUUCACUUGUAUUGCUCUAGGCAUUGACGGCACUUACUUGGGCACAAUGUUCAUGCUCCCCAUGUCCUACGUUUCGGCUGUCGGCGCCAUGCUGACGUUGUAUUGCAUGAGAGGGUACCGGCGAUGGCUGCUGCAGAAACUGCACUUACGGAGAAAGGGCGAGGUCGGGCAAUCGAGCAGCAAUUUCGAUACGAAAACCACGAAGUAUUAA